ACUGUGGACUUAGUAUUAUCUGUUUACAUAGUGAUCACCCCAUAAACAACCAAAUUUGUCUAAAACCUGAAAUGAAUGUUACAAUGGACGGCAACAACUUUCGUCGGUCUAUGUGGGUCUCACCUCUAUUAGAGAUAAUUUAUCGCAAGUAAUCGAAGAUUCUGGUCUAGGGUCAAUCCGGUUAUAGUUUGUGUGAACCCUGUUCUUAUCAUAUUUAACAUUAAGCUCACUAUAAUUAUACCUAACAAACCCUACUCAUAAAAAUGGUCACAGAAGAUGCUGGUGAAUGGUCAAUCCGGCCAUAGAUAACAACUAUGCCAAUCCGCCCAGUGAACCUCUUAUGUUUGUAAGUGCACAUUUUCUCUAGGAAAUGACGGUUCCUAAAGCAUCCAUGCGUAUAAAUAUCCAUCACAUCUUAAUUGAAGAGAAAAAUGAAAGUGAAAGUGAAUCUUUCUUGAACAUACAACAAAGAAUUUGUUGGGGAAAAAAAAAUUAAUUAGUUAAUUAGUUUCUUUCAAUUACAUCUCUCAUGGAAAACAAAUCAUGGGUUGGUCUUCUAGUUCUAUGUUUGGCUAUAGCUGUUUUUGGUUUAGCAGAAGCAGGUGUGCCUGCAAUCUUCAUACUAGGGGACUCAACUGCUGAUGUUGGCACCAACAACUUCUUGCCUGGUAGCAUGGCAAGGGCUGACUUUCCCCACAAUGGCGUUGACUUUCCUUUCUCAAGAGCCACUGGAAGGUUCAGCAAUGGCCUUAACAGUGCUGAUUUUCUCUCUAAGCAAUUCGGUCUUAAGAGAAGUCCGCGGCCUUUUCUUUCUCUCAACAGUACAUCUCUUCACAAGAAGAGCUUUAGAGGUGUGAACUUUGCUUCUGGAGGGUCUGGCCUUCUUGACAUAACAGGACGAACAAUGCUGACUUUGAUGAAGUUUGGAAAAGAGAGAAUUCCAUUUGGUGCCCCAUUCGUCAAUCGAAAAAAUGUUAUCACAUUAUCAGAGCAGAUACAGCAACUUUCUCUUGUCAAGAGCAAUCUUGCUGCCAUCAAAGGGCAAAGGUUAACUGAGAAGUUGAUCUCAAAGUCUUUGUUCUUCAUCAGCACUGGUAGCAAUGACUUGUUUGGAUAUUACCAUUCAAACACUUCCUUCUCCAAGGAAGCUUUCCUAUCGUCUUUAGAACUCGCUUAUGAGAAGCACUUGAAGAGUUUGAUCGAUCUUGGAGCGAGAAAGUUUGGCAUUAUCAGCGUUGCCCCGAUUGGAUGCUGUCCAUCUCAGAGGAUUUACAAUACUACUGGGGGGUGUUUGGAAGAUUUGAACAAUCUCGCAAUCGCUUUUCAUGCAAGGUUGGAUGCCCUCUUGUUCAAGCUCAGCUCAGAACACAAGAGCAUCAAGUACUCACUUGGAAAUGCAUUUGAGAUGACAAUAAAUGUCAUUCAGUACCCUCUUGCAUUCAAUUUUACUCAAGUGGAAGAUGCGUGUUGCGGAGCUGGGAAGCUCAAUGCUGAAUCCUUCUGUAGUCCAAAAGCCAAACUUUGCCCGAAUCGCAACAAUUACUUGUUCUGGGAUCUAUUUCAUCCAACACAGGCUGCUUCUAAGUUAGCAGCCGUAACCCUCUACAAUGGUGGACCACAAUUCGUAUACCCGAUUAAUUUUGCUCAGUUGGCCAAGGCUUAAGAGUAGCCAUUUUGACAUGAUCAAUUUAUCCCCAGAAGCACACUAUU